AUGACGACCCCCUCGCCUUCAAACCCGGACGCGCAGCAGCGCCUGGCCAAGCUCUCCUUGUGCGCGAUCGCGGACGCCAUGGCGAAGCUCAAGAUCCAGGGCCACCUCGUGGACGUGAGCCUCGUGCGCGGCUUCGACGCCCCUCUAACAACGGAGAUCUGCGGAUCGGCCUUCACAGUGCAAGUGGUGCCUGCCACGGGCCCCGCCGUCAAGAAGCUGCCGUCCCACUACGUGGACAAGACCGAGCGGGGCCAGGUCAUCGUUAUUAGCGCGCCCAGCGGUAGCACGUCGGGUGUCUUCGGCGGCCUGUUGGCGACGGCCUCCAAGGCCCGCGGCGCGGCUGGCGUCGUGACGGACGGACGCGUACGCGACGUGCAGGAGCUAUGUUCGAUGGGCUUUCCAGCCUUCUCGAAGGGCACGUCGGUGCACGGGCAGCAGGGCGCCACGACGGUCGUGGACGUCAACUGCCCCGUCGUGGUGGGAGAGUGCGUCGUGCGGAGCGGCGACAUCGUCCGCGGCGACAUCAACGGGGUCAUUGUCGUGCCUGUCGAGCGCGCGGCGGAGGUCGCUGCCAAGGCGGAAGUCAUCGAAGAGCAGGACAACAAGGUCGCGGCCGCCGUCAAGAGCGGCGAAGGGCUGCAGGACUCGUUCAAGCGCUUCCGCUCGCGUCUGUAA